CGGGUUGAGUCCGGGGAGGUGGGAGGAGGCGGUGUUUCCGGCGGCCGUGGCUGUCCUAGAAGGCUGAGGCGAGAGGUAGCUGGUCAGGGUGGGGAGCCCGCACUACCUUCUUCCUCUUCCUCUUUCCCUGGGUGAGGAGAGGGAAGGUUGGGGCCCCGACCCCAUGGACCGGGAGGAGGCAGAGGCUGCCUAGAGUCAGGGCCCCUCUGUGUGGCUCUGAGCCCCGUGUACUGGUCUGCCUAUCUGGAAGGCCAUGGAGAAGAGACUGGAAGUCAAGCCAAGCUCUGGUUCCUGGAUUUUAUCGAGAUAUUGUUGGCAGACACUCGUGAGGUGGUUGAGAAGCCUGUACCUGUUCUAUGCUUGUUUCUGCUUCAGUGCUCUGUCAUUGUCAACAGAUGCCAGUGAGAGCAGGUGCCAGCAGGGGAAGACACAGUUUGGAGUUGGCCUGAGAUCUGGGGGAGAAAAUCACCUCCGGCUUCUUGAAGGAACCCCCUCUCUCCAGUCAUGUUGGGCUGCCUGCUGUCAGGACUCUGCCUGCCAUGCCUUUUGGUGGCUAGAAGGGAUGUGCAUUCAGGCAGACUGCAGCAGGCCCCAGAGCUGCCGGGCUUUUAGGACAGACUCUUCCAAUUCCGUGCUGGUGUUUUUAAAAAAAUUCCAAACUGCACAUGAUUUGGGCUUUCCACCUGAAGAUGAUGUACUACAUCUUCUGGGGCUAGGUUGGAGCAGGGCAUCUUGGAAGAGGCAGAGCCCACCCAGAGCGCCACUCAUACCUGCUGUAUCUUCCAGUGACCAGCACAGCAUAAUCAGGAAACUUCAGAAGAGAGCUAGUCCCCGUGAAGAAGUAGUUACACCUGUAGUCACGCAUUUUAUAAAGGAUGACUCCAAGGAACUAGGUGAUCUGACUACCAGUGACUCUGCAGAGGUCCACAAGGCAGUUACAGUUUCCAGUCCCUUAACCACAGAUCUGACUGCAGAGAUUCCUGAUCGGCCAAAGAAUCUAUCAGUCCAGCCUGAGACUUCAGAGGGUCCUGGUACUAUGCCCAACACUCAGCAAGGAAAAAAUCGUGGGACAAUCCAGACUGCUACUCCUCUGCCAGUGGCUCCCUCCUACAGUUAUGCCACCCCUACCCCCCAGGCUUCUUUCCAGAGCACUUCAACACCAUACCCAGUUGUAAAGGAACUGGUAGUAUCUGCUGGAGAGAGUGUCCAGAUUACCCUGCCUAAGAAUGAAGUUCAGUUAAAUGCAUAUGUUCUCCAGGAACCGCUCAAAGGAGAAACCUACACCUACGACUGGCAGCUGAUUACUCAUCCUAAGGACUAUAGUGGAGAAAUGGAAGGGAAACAUUCCCAGAUCCUCAAAUUAUCCAAGCUCACUCCAGGCCUCUAUGAAUUCAAAGUGAUUGUAGAUGGUCAAAGUACCCAUGGGGAAGGCUAUGUGAAUGUGACAGUAAAACCAGAGCCCCGUAAGAACCAGCCUCCUGUUGCCAUCGUGUCACCACAGUUCCAGGAGAUCUCUCUGCCAACCACUUCUACAGUCAUUGAUGGCAGUCAGAGCACUGAUGAUGAUAAAAUUGUCCAGUAUCAUUGGGAGGAACUUAAGGGACCUCUGAGAGAAGAGAAGAUUUCAGCAGAUACAGCCAUAUUAAAACUAAGUAAGCUCGUCCCUGGAAACUACACUUUCAGUUUGACUGUAGUAGAUUCUGAUGGAGCUACGAACUCAACCACUGCAAACCUGACAGUGAACAAAGCUGUGGAUUACCCCCCUGUGGCCAACGCAGGCCCCAACCAAGUGAUCACUCUGCCCCAAAAUUCCAUCACCCUCUUUGGAAACCAGAGCACUGAUGACCAUGGCAUUACCAGCUAUGAGUGGUCACUCAGCCCAAGCAGCAAAGGAAAAGUGGUGGAGAUGCAGGGCGUUAGAACACCAACUCUGCAGCUCUCUGCAAUGCAGGAAGGAGAUUACACUUACCAGCUCACAGUGACUGACACAAUAGGACAGCAAGCCAUGGCUCAAGUCACUGUUAUUGUGCAGCCUGAAAAUAACAAGCCUCCUCAGGCAGAUGCUGGCCCAGAUAAAGAGCUGACCCUGCCCGUGGACAGUACAACCUUGGAUGGUAGCAAAAGCUCAGAUGAUCAGAAAAUUAUUUCUUAUCUCUGGGAAAAAACACAGGGACCUGAUGGAGUGCAGCUCGAGAAUGCUAACAGCAGCGUUGCCACUGUGACCGGGCUGCAAGUGGGAACCUAUGUGUUCACCUUGACUGUCAAAGACGAGAGGAACCUGCAAAGCCAGAGCUCUGUGAAUGUCAUUGUCAAAGAAGAAAUGAACAAACCACCGAUAGCCAAGGUAACUGGGAAUGUGGUGAUUACCUUGCCCACGAACACAGCAGAGCUGGAUGGCUCCAAGUCCUCAGAUGACAAAGGAAUAGUCAGCUACCUCUGGACUCGAGAUGAGGGGAGCCCAGCAGCAGGGGAGGUGUUAAAUCACUCUGACCACCACCCUAUCCUCUUUCUUUCCAACCUGGUCGAGGGAACUUACACAUUUCAUCUGAAAGUGACUGAUGCAAAGGGUGAGAGUGACACAGACCGGACCACUGUGGAGGUGAAACCUGAUCCCAGGAAAAACAACCUGGUGGAGAUCAUCUUGGAUGUCAACGUCAGUCAGCUAACAGAGAGGCUGAAGGGGAUGUUCAUCCGCCAGAUUGGGGUCCUCCUGGGGGUGCUGGAUUCCGACAUCAUUGUGCAAAAGAUUCAGCCAUACACGGAGCAGAGCACCAAGAUGGUAUUUUUUGUUCAAAAUGAGCCUCCACACCAGAUCUUCAAAGGCCGUGAGGUGGCAGCAAUGCUCAAGAGUGAGCUACGGAAGCAAAAGGCAGACUUCCUGAUAUUUGGAGCCCUGGAAAUCAAUACUGUCACAUGUCAGUUGAACUGUUCUGACCAUGGCCACUGUGACUCAUUCACCAAACGCUGUAUCUGUGAUCCUUUUUGGAUGGAGAAUUUCAUCAAGGUGCAGCUGAGAGAUGGAGACAGCAACUGUGAGUGGAGCGUGUUAUAUGUUAUCAUUGCUUCCUUUGUCAUUGUUGUGGCCUUCGGAAUCCUGACUUGGACUGUGAUCUGUUGUUGUAAGAGGCAAAAAGGAAAACCCAAGAGGAAAAGCAAAUACAAGAUCCUGGAUGCCACCGACCAGGAAAGCCUGGAGCUGAAGCCACCCUCUCGAGCAGGCAGCAAGCAGAAGGGCCCGACGUUGAGCAGCAGCCUGAUGCACUCUGAGUCAGAGCUGGACAGUGACGAUGCCAUCUUCACAUGGCCAGACCGAGAGAAGGGCAAACUCCUACAUGGUCAGAAUGGCUCCGUGCCCAACGGGCAGACCCCGCUGAAGACCAGGAACCCACGGGAAGAGAUCUUGUAG